AAAGCAAUACCCAACAAACAAACCCCCCUUGAGCAUUUAACUCCUCACCUUUGAAAAGAACUAGAGGCAGCAACAGCGCCUAUCCACUCAUCGAACGUCGCCGUUAUCUUUUCCGGUCACUUUCUCAGCUCUCACAAUCCUUCUAGUUUCUGACCACCUUGCUUAGGAGGAGGAAUCGAGUUUUCUUGUUGAUCGAGGAACCUAGUGUUUCAUCCUUAAGAGGAAUUAAUAGAAAAAAAUUCUUUAGCAGCUGAAGAAACUGUAUUAGCCACUCCGGUGGGGGCGGUGGGGGUCGGAAUUUGGGAGGAUUUGUUAAUUUAUCAACAUCUUAAGGUGCCAAAUAGUUUAAGUCAAUCAUCAGAACUUGAACAAUAACAGGGAAAAAAGCGUCUAUUGUUUCAGCAGAGUUAAGAAGUGGUACAUAAAGCAAGUAAACUUUUUAUAGGUUUCUAUGCUUUCAUCAUUUUCAGUCGUGUUGGUGAACUUAGAUGGGUGUUCCCUCUUCGGGACUGCAUUCUGAAUAUCAAACUGACACUUGUCCAUUGUUAAUGGAGCAACCAAAGGACUUUAAUGGACAUGUUAUUGACAUGCCAAGGAUUGAUGAUACUUCUUCAUCCAACUCAUCUUAUGGAACAACUUCGAAUGGGUUGGAUGUUUUGCAGCAUGUGGAUAGACCUUCUACUAGUGCAAGAGCACUAGUUUCAGAACCUUCUCAACCUUCAACAUCUUCAUCCAAUGGUACAAAUUCAAGAAUCUCAUCUUCUGUAAGGAGAGGGGAUGCCCGUCGGAGGAGGAGUCCGUUGAAUUCUGUUUUGUGGAUUUCUGUUGAACUUGUUCUUACAGUGAGCCAGAUUGUAGCAUCUAUUGUUGUCUUGUCUUUGUCACGGAAUGAGCAUCCCCGUACACCAUUGUUUGCCUGGAUUGUGGGCUAUUCAUCUGGAUGUGUAGCAACCCUCCCUCUUCUGUAUUGGCGUUAUCGUCAUCGUAACCAGGCUUCUGAGCAAGAUUCAGCUCAAAAUCGCCAUGCUUCACACAAUAAUGCCCCUGCCAGAUCCUUUUCUUUCUCUGUGACUAGGACUUCUGAUGGGGGUGAUCAUCGAACUGCAACUACAUCACCUAGAGGUGGCCAAAACAUGGGAAUAACAAGUGCCAGAAUAAAAGCACUAGUGGAAUACUUCAAAAUGAUUUUAGAUUGCUUCUUUGCUGUUUGGUUUGUGGUUGGCAACGUCUGGAUCUUUGGUGGGCACUCAUCUGCCAGUGAGGCUCCUAACUUGUACAGGUUAUGUAUAGUUUUUCUUACAAUUAGUUGUAUCGGAUAUGCAAUACCCUUUAUUCUAUGUGCCACGAUCUGCUGUUGCCUGCCUUGUAUUAUUUCUGUCCUUGGAUUUAGAGAGGAUCUAUCACAUGCAAGAGGGGCCACACCUGAAUCCAUCGAGGCUUUGCCAACUUACAAGUUCAAGGUGAAGAAAAAUAGAAAUAGUGAUGGUAAGGAUGUCAACUCAGGUGCCAGUGAGGGUGGGGUUGUGGCUGCAGGAACGGAAAAGGAAAGGAUCAUCUCUGGAGAAGAUGCAGUCUGCUGCAUUUGUUUGGCAAAAUACACUAAUAACGAAGAGCUAAGGGAGCUCCCAUGUUCUCACUUCAUGCACAAGGAAUGCGUUGACAAAUGGCUAAAGAUCAAUGCAUCUUGUCCUCUUUGCAAGAACGACAUUGGCGAGAAUGUACUGGACGCAAUAUCCGGGACGAGCACAGCCAGCAUCUUGAGCUCACUGUCGGGAGCACAUGAUAACCAGCGACGAGGUGAGAGAAGUGUGGACAACAAUUAUAGAAGCUCUGGGUUUUAAUGAUAUAUAGUAAUAAAUGUAACACAUAAAAAUAUAUAUAAAUAUAUAUAUUGAUGAGUUGGAAAUUGAUACUGUGUAUGGUGCCAGCUGCAUACAGUUUGAUGGUGUUUCUACUAAUGUGUUGGGUGGUCGUCCCUUCCAUUCUUUAUGGUUAUCUUACGGGGUGAAAGUGAAACACUGAGAAUUGAGAUGUAAGCUUGUUACUCUCACUUGACUGUGACUGACAGACACAACACAAACAAAAACAAACCAAACACACGGCAAAUUCUUCGAUCACCAAAAUAUUGUUGUUGUUGUUGUACCCCCAUCACAUUGGCGUUGUGCAUUUGUUAUGUAUGGUCUGUUUACUCUCAUUAUCUGCUAUAUGUAAUUACUCACACACAACGUAUACAUACAUAUAUAUAUAAUUGCAGAAUUUGCAAGCUAUAUAGGUUUUAGCUGGGAUAAGUUGUAUUGGGGCUUCAAAAACAAUGAAAAUGAAUGUAGGGUCGAAUUUGAAGCUUUUCUUUCUAUUUUUGUUCAUUCGAGUUGUACAUGUACACGAGUCAAAAGUUAUGCUGAUGCUAGAAAAGUUGAAAAAUUAAGGUAA